AUGGCCUCAUACAUCGAGAACCCCCUCUCGGAGGCGGCUACACAGCCAGCACCAGAGAUCCUCGGAGAGGUCAAGAAGCCAAAGAAGAAGAAGGUCCUCCUAAUGGGAAAGUCUGGCUCUGGAAAGUCGAGCAUGAGGAGCAUCAUCUUUAGCAACUACAUUGCCCGAGACACACGCCGGCUUGGCGCAACCAUCGAUAUAGACCUCUCCCACGUCAAGUUCCUCGGAAACCUAACCCUCAACCUCUGGGACUGCGGUGGCCAGGAAGCGUUCAUGGAAAACUACCUCUCGCAGCAGCGCGUCCACGUCUUUUCCAACGUCGGCGUCCUCAUCUACGUCUUCGACAUUGAAUCGCGCGACGUCGACCGCGAUUUAGCCACAUACGUGUCCAUCCUUUCCGCUCUUCUGCAGUAUUCGCCCGCCGCAAAGAUAUACAUCCUCAUACACAAGAUGGACCUCGUGGUCCCGUCGGCGAGAGAGCAAGUUUAUGAUGAGCGCAUUCGUGUUGUUCGGCAGAAAACAUUCGAGUACGCAAAUUCGGUUGGUAUCGCUCCGUCUUCGGUCGAGCUCACGCCAUUUGCAACAUCCAUCUGGGAUCAGAGUUUAUACAAGGCCUGGGCAUCCAUCAUCCACGAUCUCGUGCCGAACCUCGCCGUUAUCGAACGCAACCUCGCAAACCUCGGACUUGCAAUCGAAGCCGAAGAACUCCUCCUGUUCGAACGCACCUCCUUCCUCGCCGUAUCAUCCUGGACAUCCCCCGAAGGCCAACGAAACCCCACCGAAGACCGUCUAGAGCGCAUGUCCAACAUCAUGAAGCACUUCAAGCAGAGCAUCUCCCGAUUCACAGGAACACCCCGCAACGCCGAGCAGUUCAUCAGGAUGGAGCACAAGGCCGGUCCCAGAUUCAGCCUCUUCAUCCUCAAGUUCACGACAAACACGUACCUCAUGGUUGUGCUUCCACCAGGAGAAGCCCGGUUCAACGCUGCGAUGCUCAACUGCCAGAUUGCCAUUGAGCAUUUCAAAUUCCUGGAUGGUCCAAUCACUCAGGCAGCUUCCAACGCAAUCACUGCAGCUGCUUGA